AUGAAGAAAUCCAAGACUAGAGAUUUCGACCCCGAGUCCCUACUCGACCCUGCACCUAGCUCCAGCGAGGACGAGCGUUCCGGUAGCGACGUCUCAGACGUCGAAGACGAGAAAGUUGGGCGCGAGCAUUACACAGUUGUAGGAAAGAGCAAGCUGCGCAAGCCAGUUGAGGUGCCCCUCGGACCGGAAUAUACUGGGCGCAAAGUAGACCGCAAGGCUCUCGAGGACAGCGACAGCGACGAUCCGUUUGCCAGAAGUUUUGACGACGAAGAUAGCGAAGCUAGUGAUGACGAAGGAGAGGACGACAUCAAUGGCGCCGAGUUUGAUCGUGAAGACGAGAGUGGUGGAAGCGACGCCGACGGUGGUUUGGAUCUGGACAUGAGUGAUGAAGACGAAGAGAACGAAGAGGACGAAGAGGAUUCCGAAGCUGAGGACGAGGACAAACCCGACAAAGACAAAAAGCCCGAUGCAUCUGCCGUACGUGAUCUCAUGGUUGCAAGCAAGUCUUUUACAUCGACAAUUGCUGCCGGCACCCAGUCCGAUGUUGCCAAAGGAGAGGCUGUCAAAACACAGCGCAAGACUUUUGACACAUUACUCAACUCCCGCAUCCGAUUACAGAAAGCAUUGAUCAGCACCAACUCCAUGGCUGCGGAGCCAUACAGAGAUGAAACCGCUCAAGAAGCACCGGUCGAGGCUGCAGAGGCCGCAGCCUUGACAUUGCUAAACAAUCUUACAAACCUCCGAUUAUCAUUGGAAGAGUCGCGAACAGGCCAAAAGCGGAAGCGCGCCAAUUUCGACCAUGCGACCCCGUCAUCUGAAAUCUGGUCUACUAUCCAGGACACAGAAAAGGGCACUCUACCACACCGCAAAGCGAUUCUUGAGAGGUGGUCAAACAAGACGAAAGCCACGACCGUAACCAACAACAAGGCCCGUCUCAACGCUUCUGCACAACAAACCCUCACCGAAGUCCUCGAUUCGCAGCUUACAUCGUCCCAUCUCGUCACUCGCACACAAAUGCCUCGCUCAUGUGCACCUCUUCAAUCGUCCAACAAAGCAGCGCAGGCUGACCCCGCCAUUUACGACGAUGCUGAUUUCUACGGUUUGAUGCUCAAAGAGCUUCUUGAGCAGCGCUCUGCCGACCUCAAUGCCAAUGGAACGGCCGAAUUUGUUGUACAGGCGCCGUGGCAGGUUGCCCGUGAAGCCAAGACCAAGAAGGUCGUCGACACAAAGGCCAGCAAGGGGCGCAAGCUCCGGUACACUGUCCAAGAGAAGCUGCAGAAUUUCAUGGCGCCAGAAGACAGGGGCGAAUGGGGCGAUCGACAGAGAGAUGAGCUAUUCAGCAGUCUAUUCGGGCAGAGGCUGGGUCUUGGGGAGCAUGAUGAGGUUGAGAGUGAAGAGGAAGAGCAAGUGGACGCAGAGGAAGCCGGCCUGAUGCUGUUCAGGAGCUAG